UGGGUCCAAUUUACGGCAUCCACUUGCAGCGGCCAAGCAUUUACAGAGAUGGUGCAUCCUUUGAUGUGACUUUCAAACAAUUGUCCAUUGUAAGAAUUUGAUCACUGGAUUCAUCUUGUGACACAGAACACCAAUUCGCUUAAUUUGUGCCCACAAACCACUGAAGAUGACUGAGGUGCGAGAUAUGGAUCUCCUGAUCCAAGUUUCUCACCAUCUGAUACUGACAUUCCAGCCUUGAUACUGAUAAUGACAAUAGUAAACCUUGAAAAAUGAGCAAAUUCUGAUUAAUUUUCUAUGUACACACAUUACCCUUGAUAGGAAUGUUGCCCCUGCAAACAUGGCCACCGAGUAGGUUUGUUUGUAAGACGCGUGUCAGGUUUCUAUUCAUACAUGUACUUUUUAACAUUAUAUCAAAUACAUAAACUCUCUGGUAAGGCUAAAGAAAUCAUCAGCCUUGACCCAAUGUUGUCAUUUCCAGCGUUAAGGAUUUAGUUCACCACCGUUGAAGCUAAUAUUAUCAACUAACUAGCGACAUAGGCGCUAACAGCUUCCAUGCUUGCUUAUCGUGGUUUUUGGAUCACUUACCUCUUCAUUAUUUUUUGUGAAAAUGCUCAAAUUCUCAAAUGCUUUUGUUUGUCUGAUGGGAAUUUCAUGGCAAGCCUGGGUGAUUACUCCUGCACAUGAGCGUCAAAAACACACCUGGAUAACUUGUACUUGUUUAGCGGCAGAAGCCAGUUAGGCAAACAGCAUGCAAGGUAGCAGAAAAAUUUCUAGUAGAAAGAACUUUCUAGAGAAAUCAUCCAUCCAUCCAUUUUCUUAGCCGCUUAUCCUCAUGAGGGUCACGGGAGUGCUAGAGCCUAUCCCAGCUAUCAACGGGGAGGAGGCGGGGUACACCCGGAGCUGGUUGCCAGCCAAUUGCAGGGCACAUGGAGACAAACAGCCGCACUGACAAUCACACCUAGGGGCAAUUUAGAGUGUCCAAUUAAUCUUGCAUGUUUUUGGGAUGUGGGAGUAAACAGGAGUGCCCGGAGAAACCCCACGCAGGCACGGGUAGAACAUGCAAACUCCACACAGGCAGGUCUGGGAUUGAACCCGGGACCUCAGAACUCUGUGGCCAAAGCUUUCCAACUGCUCCCCUGUGCCAACCCUAGAGAAAUAAAACUUGGAAAAAAAAUUACCAUGAUAUUAAUUGUCGAUAAGUUUAAUCGUUGACGUUGUUGUGACUAGUUAACUAAUCUUGGAGCCCUAGUCAGUAAUUUUUCACUUGGGUCAAGUUCAGGUGUGCGAAUAAAGAACAUGUUUGCCAUUGUUCAUGUUUAUUUGAAGAAACCUAUUGUUUUGCUCAAAAAAGUAUUGUCAAUAGUCAUCCUAUUUGUAUAAAAAUAAGAAAUGUAGUUUAGGAAUUGUUUGUUUCCUGUUCACAGCGGGGGGCAACAAACAACAAACAGCCUUCAAACAAACACUGUUUUACACGUUGUACACAGUUGCUUGUUUUGCUUCCUUCUACAUCAGUCACAUGCACCCUGUUUAUUUCUCCGUCCGUCCACCCUGUACACCUCUCACUUUAGAUGCCGCACACAGCCAAUUGGGACAUGUGACACAUGCUGCAAUGGGCGGGUUGGUGGGUUUGGGUGGGGGCAUUUCUGUGAAAAGUUCCCGGGGCCAGCAAGCAAGCAGGCAGGAAUGUGUGCUUUGGUUUGUUAGAUCAAAUGUCACCAGCUGUGAGGGGGGCAGUAUAAAGGACAGCGCCGCUAGUUCAUCAUCCAGAGUAGAUCUAUAAAUGACCUGGUCGUAGCACACACAAAGGAUAGCAGAAAAAACUUUUCCCCAACUGACCAACAAAGAAGUUGGGCAUUUAUUUUCUAUCAUGGAUCUUCAGAGGACCGGAUCCUUGGUUCGCCCUCCAAGCCCCAUGGACAGCCUGGAGAAGCAACUGAGCUGUCCGAUCUGUCUGGACAUGUUCACCAAGCCUGUGGUCAUCCUGCCCUGCCAACACAACCUGUGCCGCAGCUGCGCCAGCGACCUCUACGACUCGCGCAACCCGUACCGCUUUUCCGGCGGCGUCUUCCGCUGUCCCACGUGCAGGUUCGAGGUGGUGCUGGACCGCCACGGCGUUCACGGGCUCCAGCGGAACCUUUUGGUGGAAAACAUCAUCGACAUAUACAAGCAACAGCAAGAACUGAGCGGCAACGGCAAUACAGAAACAUCUCUGAAGUCCAAAGAGUCCAAAGAGCCAAAGUGCCAGGAACAUGAAGAUGAGAGAAUCAACAUCUACUGCAAAACCUGCCAGGUCCCGACAUGCUCCAUGUGCAAAGUUUUUGGGCAACAUAAAGACUGCGAGGUGGCGCCUUUAGAGAGUGUCUACCAGGCCCAAAAGGGUGAACUGAGCAAUGCCAUUGACAGCCUGGUGGCCAGCAACGGACGCCUCCAGUCUCUGCUCAUCCAGAUGGAAGAUGCUUGCCGUGCCGUACAAGAAAAUGCACAGCGCGCUAAACAAGGGCUAGCUGAACGCUUCGACCUGCUGUACGCUGUCCUGGAAGAGCGAAAGACCAUCCUCUUGGAGCAAAUCGGUAAAGAGCAAGACGAGAAGGUGGCCACGCUUCGGGCGAUGUCCCAACGUUACGGCGAGCGACUCCAAGCCAGCACCGACCUCACCGAUUCGGCCGUAAGGGCACUGGAGCAAAGCGGAGCCGCCGAGUUUCUUGUGGCGGCCAAAGGCCUCAUCACGCGAACCAAGGAUGCGGCCAGAGGCUCCAUGGGCGAGGAGCGGCCCGAGCCCGGUUUCGAGAAGAUGGAUCAUUUCGCCGUGUCAACGGAGCACGUUGAAGCGGUGCUGGCAAAAAUGGACUUUGGCUCAGACGACGACGAUGAUUUUGAUGAUGCGGAAGAGGAGGAAGAAGAGGAAUAAUGGAGAAUGAAGUAUUGCUGGACUUUUAUACUUGGGAAGGUCUUUUGACAAGUAUGGCAGGGACUUGUGGAUGUUAAUGAUAAAAAGUUAUGGGGAAAUAUGGCAUAGCAUCACUUGCCAGUACUUUCAGUGCAAUAUUUACCAUCAAUGUUGAAUACAUAACUUUCCUUUUUAUACUUUUCUACUUCUGAACCACUUGAAUGUUGGUGUUAAGAGGAGACGUCAAGUUUUAGAGUAACAAAUGUCCAAGAUGUUUUGCUUUUGUUCAAAUUGUAGCAUAUGGUUAUUGACUUGCAAUUUCUCACUUUGUCUUGGUUGACUUCCUUGAACUUGAAUGGAACCCUAAAUAAAGCUGCAUGACAUUAAAUUGUGACCCAUCAUUAUUGUUAGCUCGAAGGUUUGUAUUCAGAGGCGCUAAUGCCAGAAGCAUCCAUUGUUCUUUUGAAGCAUUUCAUCUAGAAUGUGUCCGACGUGCUCUUACAUAGGUUUAGGCUGGAUUUAAAAAUAAAAGCAUUGCUAUGUCCUGGCUGCUUUGCCUUUGCCGGUGAAAAGCAGGGGCUAUUUUUAAGAGGUGAGAGGGUGAGAAGUGAUAGCUGCCCUAGAAUAGACUGCCAGAGAAGGACAGGCCAGGUCCUGUUUUCCCCUCCCACCACCUCUCGAUAAAACAUACUUCCUCCAACAUGGGCAUCUUUUCUCAACACCCUUCACCCCAACUCUGGAGCUGAAAAGGGGCGCACUAAGAAUGACUGAUACAGUUGCCGCUCUCUUCGUCACCCCGGUCGAGAGACUGCGAUAAAAAUAUAUGUCUGCUUCGGGACUGGGUUACAAAAAGCCCCUUGAGAUGACCUGUUUGGCUUCGUUGCUCACUCGCCUCGAAAUGGUUACACCAUCGGUGGCAGUUUCAUUAAUAAUCCCUCAUGUCAUGUUGCUGGUCUAAAUGACCUGUUUAACAUAAUUGAAUCUAAAAAUAUUAAAAAAAAAAAAAAAGCUACACAACUUCUACUAACCUUACUUUUCUCUUUGUAUUUUACAUACUCGUAUAUGGCCAAAAAGGCGGCACAAUAGCAGAAGUCGUUGGAGUGUGGGGCUCACAGUUCUGAGGAUCGGGGUUCAAAUGCCGGCCCCGCCUGUGUGGAGUUUGUUAACCCUCCCCAUGCCUGUGUGGGUUUUCCACGGGCACUCAGUUUUCCUCCCACAUCCCAAAAACAUGCAUUAAAUUGAGACUCUAAAUUGCCCCGAGGUGUGAUUGUGAGUGCGAUUACUGGUUUGUUUCUAUGUGCCCUGUGAUUGUCAGGUAACCAAUUCAUGCCCAAAGAUAACUGGGAUAGGUUCCGGCACUCUCGCAACCUUUGUGAGGAUAAGCGGCUCAGAAAAUGGAUGGCUAGACAAAAGUGUUUCUACCCCUCUGUUGAAUGAAAGAAAAAUGCACAAGCGUCACGAAAACAUUUUCCUACAGACAUUAUGGUUUGCCAAUAUGGAAUUCACCAAAUUUCACUCUCACUGGUUUAAAGUAAUCAUCCAUCCAUCCAUCCAUCCAUCCAUCCAUCCAUCCAUCCAUCCAUUUCUACCACUUAUUUCACAUUGUCUCCUACGGGCAAUCUAGAGUCUUCAAUUAACAUACCAUGCAUGAUUUUGGGAUGUGGGGGGGAAACCGGAGUACCUCUGAGACAACUCACAUUUUUACUGGGAGAAGAUGCAAACCAGCCUCGGCAAGGUCGAAUUUGAAUCCAGUUUCUCAGAACUUUAAGGCCAAUAUGCUAACCUGUUCACCAUCAUGCCAACGUUUGAAUUUAUUUUAUUUUUUAUUAUUGUGGGUUUUUCAUAGUUCACUAAAAUGGUUUUGCAAAUUUUCCCUGUGCAGUGUCUAAUAAGAAAACGGCAUUGUACUUGCAAGCAGCCUCAGUAUGUUCUGGUAUGUUGACCUAUUGUGGUUGCAAAGUAAUCGCAAGACUAUCAAGGCAUUCUGGAACAAAAUGUGCUACCCUGUGUCAGAAGACUUGGUGGAAAUUACAGGUCACUGGUCUUCCAACGGGGACUUCAGUGUCAUUAGCCUAUCUAUGGAAUUUUGAGCUAUAUCUUAGCAUUUGGUUAUUGGAGUUAUGUAAGUCAAAGGUAAUGUGCUUUAGUUAACUACACAAGAUGUAAUUCUCUUUGUUUUAUGUUACGUUUAACAUUAAGGUUGAACUAGAAGAAGUAAUAAUUGCCUUGAAGCAAGGACUUCGCCUCUUUUUUUGAACAAUUCUUCUGUCUGGCGAACUGCUGCUUGUUGUGAAGUUUGCGACCACAAUCAUAACUAUAGUGUUUACCUGCAACUCAAGGCUAAAACAAACAUGGCCGAGUGCCUGCUCGUAAUCUCGAACAACUUGUUGGUCUGGUCACUUGUUAGUUUAGCUAAUUUGUUCGCCGGUGAAAGAGUACAUCAUAAGAAGACUCACUAAGUUACCUCUUUGCUUUGUGUUUUUAAAUUGGAGUUAUAAUUAUGACCUGAAAGUAGAUUUCAUACAAAUAUUUACUGUAAUUAUGACUUCUGCAUUAGCAUGGGCUACCUAGACUAUGGCACAUUCUGAAUUGUGUAUCAGUUUGUCUACUAUGCCACCGAAGUAUUACAUUCACAGAGGUUGGAGUUCAAAAGUGACAUUCACUUUUUACAAAAGUCCUGUACGUUCAACAAUGAUGAGAUGAUAUAUCAUAACCACUGUCUCCAGUUACCUGAAUUAAACAAUUACUAAUUGACAUUAUGAUAACUCAUCAAGGUUGUACACCACGUGAGAAUGUUUGUGUGUGUGUGUGUGUGUGUGUGUUUGUGUUUGUGUGUGUGUGGACAGGAAGCUCGCUGGAUUGGAGUAUGGGAACAACAGUCUUAACAAAUCUUGUGAUUUCUCCCAGCUGUCUUUUCUCAUCCAACCAUGUUAUUGUCAUGCCUGCUGGCCGCCGCACUCGACACAAGUGGGAGUGUUGAUACACAUAAACUACGUUGCUAGGAGGUGAAAAAUGCAAGGCUGCAACCCCGAGGCAUUAACGUGAGGGCCGCUAGAGGGAACGCAUUUUGUCCCUUGGCCCCCUUCGCACUUAACUCUUAUCUUUCCAAACAACAGCAGUGGGUCAGGCUGAAGGAAGAAUAUAUUGAGGAGCUUUGACAUUUGAGACACUCCAGCCACUGCUCGGUGAUAGAGAUUUUGCCUGACCCAGAUUGUUAGUGUAACUGCAGGCAUAAAACCUGUGGAGACAGAACACUGCCAUUAAGUUAUGUCACCGAGUAUAAAUGUUUGCAUUUUAGGAAAGGUUUGACACUGAAACACGUAUUUAAAAGUAGAUGAUAUCAUUUGGCUCUUUUUUUAUACCAUUAUGUCAGUCUUGAGCUGAGAAGUGCCAACACUUGAAUUAUUUUUGUCGCUGUUUUUCAACGUGGCAGGACGGUUUUCAAUUGGUUACCACGUCUAUCUCACAGUUUGGGGUUCAAAUCUCAUUUGUGACUUUCCUUUGCCUGUGUGGAUUUUCAGGGAAUACGCUGGCAUCUGUCCACAUAAAAAAAGAUGCAUUUAAGGUUCAUUGUGGAGUCAAAUUUUCAAAUGCAGUGGAAAUAUUAGUGUCUACUUUUGUUGCCAAUACGAUUAAGUUGUCAUGAUUUCAUUUAGCUUUUUCAUUAUCUCUACAACUGAUAAAUCAGUUUGCCACACACUUUUGUCCAUGAAGUCGUCGUGCUCU